UACUAUUUCCUUCCUAUAAAUUCAGAGCCUCUGUCAUCUUUCCUCACAACCUAUUCUCUGAGAUCAAAAGAGAGAAGCAAAAAAGAGUAGUAAGAGGAAUUUAACUGCUUCAUACAUUCUAAGCCAAUAUGAGGGCUGUUUUAGGAGUUACAAUUGCCAUGGCAUUAGUCAUUUCUGUUUUCAAUUCUUGUCAUGCACAACUGACAUGCCCUGCAAUAGCAAGUGCUCUUACACCAUGCCUGGGAUAUAUAGUUAAUGGCGGUCAGGUUCCACCCAAGUGCUGUGAUGGUGUGAGGAAGGUGAGUGACAUGGCAAAAACUAGCACAGACAAGCAGACUGCAUGCCAAUGCAUUAAGACAGCAGCUACUUCAAUCAAGCCUCUCCCUUCUUCCCUCACUAAUUUGCCUAAGGCUUGUGCUGUCAAUAUUGGGAUCCCUGUUAGCCUCACCACUGACUGCUCAAAGGUUCACUGAGUUGAUAAUACAUACAAUAAAUAUUUUUGUGGCUUUUAAUGACUUGUGGAGUUUCUGUUGGGGUUGAUUUUGAAGUAGAUAGUCGUUGUGUAGGAAAAAGUACUGCAAGUUAAAUGUAAGGUCUUUGUAGUAGUUUCCAAGCAGACUAUAGAUCUGCAUUUUGGACUUCUAAGUUCAA